CAGACGCGAAACUCAUACUCCACCUGGACUUUCUACUUUACGUCCGCGUUGUACUGCGUUUCAAUGAUAGGCAGGUCACCAUCGACUUUGGUUUUGUCGUAUUGAACUUCGUCAUUGUUUUCAUAGUUUAAAGUCUAUUCUUACAAUUUACUGUUUACAGGUAUUUUCUUUUUACCUGGAGUUUUCUCUGGCCAGUAAAUGAAACCAAUGUGGAUCUAUAGUGAAAACGCUUCAGGAGUAAGAUACUUCAGAUAAUUUAAUAAUACUGAGCUACACUUCAGAUGGUCUGUGGCAGACGAUAAACACCUGUGGAACUAUUCGCCUGCCUCUCCAUUACAGAAAACGAAGGCGGUCGAAGACAUUUCAGAUCGCAUCUUAAUCAAAUCAUAUAAACAUAACAAAUAAGAAGACCGACUGGGCGAGAGUAAGAGUGGUGGCCUGGUCCGUGAUCGUGUGCGUCCUCCUGUCAUGGUCCCUUGACCGGAUUCGACAGAUCUGCGUUCGGUGCUCCGGCGGAUUGAGUAUGACUAUGGGUCGGCAGGUGCUUAUGCUGAGCGUCGCGUUUCUGUGGUGUCUUCAGCUCGCUUCCUCUCAGACUCAUGAAGUGUCGGUGUGCUCAGGUACCCAGAAUUCCCUGAGCGUGAGCAUGAGCUCAGAGGUGCAGUACAAGAUCAUGCAGGACAUGUACACGGGCUGUGAGAUCGUCAUGGGCAACCUGGAGAUCACGCACAUGGAGGAGCGCCGCGACUUCUCCUUCCUGCAGUCGAUCCGAGAGGUGACGGGCUACAUCCUCAUUGCCAUCAACCAGUUCAGCCGCCUGCCCCUGGAGCAGCUGCGCGUGAUCCGGGGAAACACGCUGUACGACCAGCACUUCGCCCUCUUCAUCCUGUAUAACUAUCAGAAGGAUGGCAACGCGGGGCUGAGGGAGCUGGGGCUCACACACCUCACUGAGAUUCUGCAUGGAGGAGUGCAGAUCUUGGGGAACAGGUUCCUGAGCUAUGCCCCCCAGGUGAACUGGGCCGACAUUGUGAGGAACAGCAGCGCCCCGAUCCAGAUCACUGACAAUGGGGAGAGAAAGGAGUGUCAUGCAGCGUGUCGAGGACACUGCUGGGGACCUCUGGAACAACACUGCCAGAUCUUGACGAAGACGGUGUGCGCCCCGCAGUGUGAUGGGCGCUGCUUUGGGACCGCCCCCAAUGAGUGCUGCCACGUGGAGUGUGCAGGUGGCUGCACCGGCCCUCAGGACACCGAUUGCUUUGCCUGCAGCCAUUUCAAUGAUUCAGGAGCGUGCGUACGACAGUGUCCUCAGCCAUUCAUCUAUAACAAGCAGACCUUCCAAAUGGAACCUAACCCCAGCGCCAAGUACCAGUACGGCUCUAUCUGUGUGUCCCAGUGUCCCACGCACUUUGUGGUGGAUGGCAGUUCAUGUGUGAGCGGCUGUCCCUCAGACAAGAUGGAGGUGGAGAAGAACGGGCUGAAACAGUGUGAGCCCUGCGGAGGCCUGUGCCCCAAAGCUUGUGUGGGCACUGGCACCCCUGACAGACAAACUGUGGAUUCCAGAAACAUUGACAGCUUCAUCAACUGCACCAAGAUCCAGGGCAGUCUGCACUUCCUGAUCACGGGGAUCAUGGGGGAUGACUAUCACAACAUCUCAGCCCUCGACCCGGAGAAGCUGAACGUCUUCCGUACAGUUCGAGAGAUCACGGAUAUCCUGAGCAUCCAGUCAUGGCCCAAACAGCUGACAGAUUUGUCCGUGUUCUCCAACCUCACCACCAUACAAGGCAGAACGCUCUACACAGGGCCUAGCUCUAAGAGGGGCUAUUCCCUCCUGGUGAUGAAGCUGCCUUCUCUCACCUCUCUGGGGCUGCGCUCUCUGAGGGAGAUCAGUGAUGGCAGUGUCUACAUCAGCGGCAACAAGAAGCUCUGCUACCACCACACAGUCAACUGGACCCAGCUGUUCACUGGGGCCCACACUCACAGACGGCAAGACACCAGGGACAUCAAAAACAACCGGCAGCUGAAAGACUGCGUUGCUGAGGGGGCGGUCUGUGACCCACUGUGCUCGGACAGCGGGUGCUGGGGCCCGGGCCCGGGGCAGUGCCUGUCCUGCAGGAACUACAGCCGAGGUGGCACCUGUGUCUCCACCUGCAACUUCCUCACAGGGGAGCCGCGGGAGUUUGCAGGACCGAAGGGAGAGUGCAUGGCCUGUCACUCAGAGUGUCAGCUCCAGGAGGGGACAGCCAGCUGCACGGGGCUGGGGGCUGAUGAGUGUGUGGCCUGUGUCAACCUGCGGGACGGCCCCCACUGUGUGCCCUUCUGCCCCAAUGGGGUGAUGGGGGAGAAGGGGCUCAUAUUCAAAUACCCCAAUGCCCAGAGGCGCUGCGAGCCCUGUCACCCGAACUGCACUCAGGGGUGUUCAGGCCCUGGUCUGCCAGACUGCUUGUCUACAGACAGAGACAGCUCAAGCAUGCUCACAGCAGGGAUUGUGGGUGGUGUGUUGGCCAAUCUGAUCGUGGGGUUGGCCAUCUUCGUGCUCGUCAUACUGUAUCGCCGUGGUCUGGCCAUCCGCCGCAAACGAGCCAUGAGACGCUACCUGGAGAGUGGGGAUAGCUUCGAGCCUUUGGAUGUGGGAGAGAAGGGGAUGAAGGUUCACACGAGGAUCCUGAGAACUCAAGAACUGCGCAAGACGAAACUCCUGGGGUCAGGGGUGUUUGGCACUGUGCACAAGGGGGUGUGGAUUCCAGAGGGGGACUCUGUGAAAAUCCCUGUGGCAAUAAAGACCAUCCAGGAUCGCUCUGGCCGGCAGACCUUCACCGAGAUCACCGAUCACAUGCUGGCGAUGGGUAGCCUGGACCACCCUUACAUUGUGAGGCUCUUAGGCGUCUGCCCGGGUGCCUGUCUGCAGCUGGUUACUCAGCUCAGUGUGCAGGGGUCCCUGCUGGAGCACAUCAAGCAGCACCGGGACAGCCUGGACCCCCAGCGCCUGCUCAACUGGUGUGUGCAGAUAGCCAAGGGCAUGUUCUACCUGGAGGAGCACCGCAUGGUCCACAGAAACCUGGCAGCACGAAACGUUCUGCUGAAAAGUGACUAUAUCGUCCAGAUCUCCGACUUCGGCAUAGCGGACCUGCUCUAUCCCGACGACAAGAAGUACUUCUACAGUGAGGUCAAGGCUCCAAUAAAAUGGAUGGCUUUGGAAAGUAUCCUGUUUCGCAGAUAUACUCAUCAGAGUGAUGUAUGGAGUUACGGAGUGACGGUGUGGGAGAUGAUGUCAUUCGGGGCGGAGCCUUAUGCUGCAACCCGCCCCCAGGAGGUGCCGGACCUGCUGGAGAAAGGGGAGCGCCUGGCACAGCCUCACAUCUGCACCAUCGAUGUCUACAUGGUCAUGGUUAAGUGCUGGAUGAUUGAUGAGAACGUUCGACCCACCUUCAAGGAGCUGGCCAAUGAAUUUACUCGGAUGGCUAGGGACCCGCCACGUUUCCUUGUAAUCAAGGCGGAGAGCGGCCAAUCAGACACUGCCCUAGAUGAACCCCAUCGGAGAGGAGCGGAGCUGGGCGAACUGGAGGCACGGCUAGAGGACCAGGAAAUGGAAGGACUUCACGAUGUCAUGGCCACGCCCCCCCUCUGCCGCUCUCCAAUGAGGAGCCACUCUCGACUGCGUGUUGAGUCGCACAGGAGUGUGGCUUCCGUGCCUGGACCCGCUGGGUACCUGCCCAUGACCCCUGGUUCGGGAGAUGACCCCUGCCAGCUGCGGUCCCCCGGCCCCCGGUUCAGCUCAACACGGACAGUGUCUGAGUGCUCAGAGGGGUGUGGCGUCAGUCUGGAGGUAGAGUCGAGAGAGGACGUCCCGCUGGCUGGCAGCUUACGCCGAGCCCGGUCUCGCAAGGAUGGCGCGAACAGCGUGGCAUUGCAGCAUGCGGGCCUCUCGCCCCGCCUGGACACACGCCCCCUGGAGACGGAGGAGGAUAGCUACGGAUACGUACUGCCCGGGGUGUCUGACGCUGCGGAGAGAGAAAAUCUCCUGUCACGCCCAGCCUCACGAAGCGCCCUGCCCUGUGGGAGGAGCUCCAGAGGCCUGUCUCCACGGACAUCCGUCACAGACUCCACCCCUGAGGAGUACGAGUGCAUGGACAGACAGGCUAACUUACUCUCCAAUUCACCCAGACGUGCCUCCAAGCAGGAAAGGGACAGAUCGCUGCGAAAAAGCAGGAGGCCAUCCUCCCCUAUGCGCUCCCCGUCCUGCAAUACCAGUGUUUCACCAAGGGGGAGAGAUGCUGAGCAGGGCCACAGACAGCAGCUCCACCCAACCAGAAACAGUGUCUCAGAAGAGAGGCGAACCUCAGCAGAGCACAGUGACCACUUAUUGCCAGCAGAGGGAGACAAAGCAGAGAAAGAAAAGAACACAGACCUCCCUGGCUGUAAUGGUGAGGACACAGAAGAUCAAGGCAAGAGGUGUGAGAUGGAGGUAGUGGAGUAUGAAUACAUGGACAUCCAGAGUACAGAGCCAAACUGUGGUGAAAAUGGGGGUCCCCCCCACAGUAAGGAUGACCACAUCAAACAGGCAGAGAGAGAGAAUGGUAACAUGGAAGGGGAGGAAAACAGGCAGAGAGAGGAAGAGGAAGAUGAAGAGGAAGAAGAAGAGGAAGCAUACCAGUACACGAAUGACCAGCCCAGGCUAAGCCAGAGUCUGCAAGGGAAGGAAGGAGCUGGAAUCAACGGUCCCAUAGCUGGUGAAGGGGAUGCAUACGAGUAUGAGGAAAUGGACGCAAUAGGCAUUACUAUCUGCAGAGGGGACAAAGUGGAAUACCAGAACGUCCAACCAGGGCCCAGGGGAGGGCCGGCUAAACGCCCAGGUUUGGGGGGGUACAUAAAGGUGCGUGCUGGAGUGGGGGAGCCAGGGGGAGAUCGAUCCUUUGACAACCCUGACUACUGGCACAGCAGACUGUUCGUGAAGCCAGAUGCCGUGCGUACGUAAUUGGAGACAGAUAUGCAGAAGAACAAAGAGGAGCUGGUGAAGGAGCACCAACAGGUCCAAAAGCCAAGCAGCUAUUCCAUGCUGUGGUCAGAUAACCAACCUAUUGUUUACUUUAUCAGGCUGUCAAUCAAUUAGUAUGGAAUUCCCCAAGUAAAUCCACUAUUCAGCAAUGUGUAACACAGUGGUAAGGAGCACGGCUCAUAACCAGAAGGUUUCUGGUCCGAUUCCC